UCAAAGCGCACACGUCGACGCAGUUUGCGAGACAGCGGACUGUACACACCUGUUUAUCGCUCCGAAGACUUUACAUAUUGAAGCGGACAUACAGUUACAGAAGUAGUGUUUAGAUAAGUAAUAACUCUGUUUGAAAUACUAUCGAAGUAGUUUUGUUAUACUAAAAAAAAACAAUAGAAAUGGCACCAAAACAAAGAAUGCGUAUCGCUAAUGAAAGAGCCACAAAAAACAUCACCCUUCGUGGAAACGUUCCGAAGUCGUCGAAACCACAAGAUGAUGGAUCUCCAGUUGGACCUUGUCUAUUAGCUCUCUUCCUCUUUGUUGUAUGUGGUUCUGCUGUAUUCCAAAUAAUUCAGAGUAUUAGAAUGGCUUAAGAAAACUGAGAGCAUGAAGUUAAGAAAAUGUUGCUGUUAAUGUUAAUAUAAAAAUGUCUACAUCUUAUUGGUACACAAACGAGAUUAACAGACUGUUUUAUUCAUAUUGUAAA